AUGGAUGCCCUGUGUGAAUACAGUUACUGCUCGCUUGCGGAUCGCGUAAAGGAAGCAGAAGAGGGAGAACUCAACCCUUUCCCCAGCCAGCUAGAAGAGAGACUGUUAAGCAACGGCACCAACGAGUCCCUGCAAGAGUUCUGGAGGAGCUUCCUCAACCUAGAGAGAGCAGAUGGACUGCAGGGAAGCAGUUCUAUCCUCCUACGGAUCUUCAUCUCCAUCAUCUACUCGGUGGUGUGCGCCCUCGGUCUGGUUGGCAACGUGCUGGUGCUCUACCUGAUGAAAAGCAAAUGGAAAAAGUCUUCCAUCAAUCUCUUUGUGACCUGUUUGGCAGUGACAGACUUCCAAUUUGUCCUGACUUUGCCCUUCUGGGCAGUGGAGAAUGCGCUGGAUUUCACCUGGCUCUUUGGCAAAGUCAUGUGCAAGAUGCUUUCCUACGUGACGGCCAUGAACAUGUACGCCAGCGUCUUCUUCCUCACUGCCAUGAGCAUUGCCCGCUACCAUGCGGUGGCCUCUGCCCUGAAAAGCAGAAGGCAAGGAGGGCUCUUGGAUGGCUGCUCCUCAGCCAAGUGGUUGUGUGCCCUCAUAUGGAUCCUAGCCAUUCUGGCUUCUCUGCCCAAUGGCAUCUUCUCCACCACCUCCACUAUCUUCGGCGAGGAAUUCUGUCUGGUCAAGAUACCUGAUAGCCAAGGCAACAACACUCCAUUCUGGUUGGGGCUCUACCAUGCCCAGAAGGUUCUGCUGGGCUUUCUGUUGCCUUUGACCAUCAUCACCCUUUGCUACCUUUUGCUGGUACGCUUCAUCAGUGACAGACAUGUGGGUGCCGGUUCCUGUGGGCCAAGCACGAAGCGCCGAUCCAAGGUGACCAAGUCAGUGACCAUUGUGGUACUGUCCUUCUUCCUUUGCUGGCUGCCCAACCAGGCACUCACCACCUGGGGUGUCCUCAUCAAGCUGAACCUUCUGCACUUCAGCCAUGCCUACUUUCUCUCUCAGGCAUACCUCUUCCCCAUCACCGUCUGCCUGGCGCAUUCCAACAGCUGCCUCAACCCCAUCUUCUACUGCCUCAUGCGCAGGGAAUUCCGUAAAGCCCUCAAGAAGCUGCUGUGGAGGAUUGCUUCCCCCUCCACCACCACCAUGCACCCAUUCACUGCCACCACCAAGCCUGAGCAGGAAGAGCAGGCACUCAAGAACCUAAUGACCAUCCAACCCGCGAGCAGUUCUGCUGCUGCUCCUCCUCCUGCUGCUAGAGCAGGAGAUGUUCCUGAUGCCACCUGCUAUCCCCCUGGGGUAGUGAUGUACAGUAGCUGCUCUAAUAUCUUUCCAUCCAUCGCCUCCACUGAGCUGCGUUGUUGA